AUGAAUCCAAAGACAUUUGAAGAACUUCAAAACGACUUUAAGUCAUUCCACAAUCCAGAAUAUUAUCUUGGUAUUGAUAUUGGUGGAACUAAUACUAGAAUCAUCUUAUCGAUUGAACAAUCAACCUAUGAAGUAUCAACAUUCAAAGCAAGCAAGGUGGUAGAUCUCAUUGAAGGUGUCAAAUCUGCUGAUACAAAGUUGUACCCAUUACUCCAAAACCCUCCAUUGGCCACUUGUUGUUGUAUGGCUGGACCAACUUCAAAUGUUGAUAGAUAUAGAUUCACAAAUUAUGAUCAAUCAGAUGCUGUUUUAGAUCCAGUUCAAUUACCACAAAGAUUAUGUCCAUCUGGAAAGACCUUUUUCUUGAAUGAUUUGGAAAGUGGAUGUUACGGAUUGAUUUCAUUGAUUAAACAUAAUUUGGUUGGUUUCUAUACCAAACAAUUCACUAGUAUCGUCAUUCCAACUAGACCAAGUACUUCUGAAAUUUUUGUUGUAAUGGCACCAGGAACUGGUUUGGGUGUUGGUUUAAUCAAUCACAAAAAGGGACAAUACUAUGUAUCUCCAUCAGAGUUUGGUCAUAUUCAAAUCUCACCACAUGGACCAAACCAUCCAAAUUACAAAGAGGAACAAGCCCUACUCAACAAUAUCAUUCCAAAUGAAGAUCCAACUCGUCAAUUCUCACUAGAGUAUGAAGAUAUCGUCAGUGGACGUGGUCUUGUAGCCUGUUACAAAUACUAUAGUGGUGGUGACACUAAAUUGGGUCAUGAUAUUGCACAUGAAGCCAAUGCAUCAUCAGAUCCAGAGAAUGCAUCAGUCAAAGCAAUGAAAGCUCAUUAUGCCUACUUGUUCAAGGGUGCCCAAGAAUUGGCAGUUGGUCUCAAGGCUACCGGUGUCUAUUUGAUUGGUGACAAUAUCGUUCAUAACAGUCGUUUCUUUGAUGCCAACAGACCAUUCCUUCUCGAUCAAUUCUACUGUCAUCCAAAGAAGGCUUGGAUUGAAAACACUCCAAUCAACAUUCAAACCGUUCAAACUAAUUUGAAUCUUUUGGGUACUGUCUAUUAUGCCAGACAUCAUGGUCAACUUUAA